AUUUCGCAGAUAGUAGAAGAGAAAAAUAGGGUUGGAUUUUACAGAUUGAUCCCCGGAAUUUCUCGAUUUCGCGCAGGAAUCCUCGGGCGGUGAAAACCGAGGCGGCGGCGGCUGCGGCGGUGGAGCGGCCGCGGCCGUUGGCGAUGGCGGCCGCCGGCGGCGGCGGCAGAGGGGGGCGCCCCGUCGAGGAGGAUUUCAUCGAGCUGAGUAGCAGCGACUCCGAUUCCGACGGGGAGGGCGGCGGGGGCGGCAGCGCGAAGAGGUCGCGGGGUGUGGGGGCGGGUGGAUCGGCGGGGAAGCGCGCUAGGGUUUCCGCGGCGGGCGUGGCCGUGGAUCUGCCCCCGGGUUUCCUUGAUCCUCUACCACAUGCGGCGUCGGCGGCGGCGGGGGCGGAGGCAUCGGCGGGGCCGUCGAAGAGCGCGACGAAGCAGUUCUGGAAGGCCGGGGACUACGACGGGAAGCCGCUUGGGGAUGGAGCGCCGCAGUCGUCAGUAUCCGGAUUGGAUCAUGUUCGUGUACAUCCUAAAUUUUUGCACUCAAAUGCAACAAGCCACAAGUGGGCUCUGGGGGCAUUGGCUGAGCUGCUGGAUAACUCUCUUGAUGAAGUCAUAAAUGGAGCUACCUAUGUGAACAUUGAUAUGUUGGAGAAUAAUAAAGACAAAACAAGAAUGCUCCUUGUUGAAGAUGAUGGUGGUGGAAUGGACCCAGACAAAAUGCGGCAGUGCAUGUCAUUGGGUUAUUCAGCCAAGAGCAAAGUUGCAAGUACUAUUGGGCAAUAUGGAAAUGGUUUCAAGACAAGUACAAUGAGACUUGGUGCUGAUGUUUUAGUUUUCUCCCGUAGUGGUGGAAAAGGUGGCAAAAGGCUUACCCAAAGUGUUGGCAUGCUAUCCUACACCUUUCUGAGGAGCACCAACAAAGAGGAUAUUGUUGUUCCAAUGAUUGAUUAUGAAAAUCAACAAGGUUGGAAAAGAAAGCCACGGACUACAUUUGCUGAUUGGAACACAAGCUUACAGACUAUUAUUACAUGGUCGCCAUAUUCAACUGAAGCAGAACUACUUGAGCAGUUUAGUUCUAUAAAGGAACAAGGGACUCGUAUUAUCAUUUACAAUCUUUGGGAGGACGAUGAAGGACAUUUGGAGCUUGAUUUUGAUGAGGACAUACACGAUAUUCAACUCAGAGGUGGCAAUCGUGAUGAGAAAAAUAUCCUGAUGGCUAAGCAGUUUCCGAACUCCAAGCAUUUCCUGACUUAUAGGCAUUCAUUAAGGAGCUAUGCAUCCAUUUUAUAUCUCCGAGUUCCAAGUUUUUUCCAAAUGAUUUUACGUGGAAAAGAGAUUGAGCACCAUAAUAUUGUGACUGACAUGAUGUUGAAGAAAGAGGUGAAAUACAAGCCGGUUGCACCUAAUGGUGUUCCAAAGGAUUCAAAUAUGGUAGCCGAUGUAACAAUUGGCUUUGUUAAAGAUGCAAAACAUCAUGUUGAUGUUCAGGGAUUUAAUGUAUACCACAAGAACAGGCUAAUAAAGCCUUUCUGGAGAGUGUGGACUGCCGCUGGAAGUGGUGGGCGUGGUGUCAUAGGUGUACUGGAAGCUAAUUUUAUAGAGCCAGCUCAUGAUAAGCAGGACUUUGAGAGAACAACUCUUCUAGCAAGACUUGAAGCACGAUUAAUUCAAAUGCAGAAAGACUAUUGGUCAGGAAAUGCUCAUCGAAUUGGAUAUUCUGGGACACGUGCUGGCAGAUCCAAUGAAACAGAAGAGGACGCCCCUGAAGUUACCCAAAGUGCACAGCAAUCACCUUACUCUACUGGAAAAAAUUAUGGAAAAUCAAAUAAAAAGCAAUCGCCUUACUCUACUGGGAAAGAUAAUGGAAAAUCAAAUACUAAAUCUGGGAAGGCAAGCACGUCAUUUCAUACUCAGCGAAGAACUGAUAAGUCUGCAACGACUAAACAACCUGGAAGAUCAAUAAUGUAUGGGCUUUCAGAUACCAGUGAUGAAAGUGAUUCUGAGUUUGUGGGCGCCCCAACUCCAACAAGUUCAAGAUCUCAUAUCCUGAAUCCACAUAGAAAAUCUUUCCAGAAUGGGACUGCUUUGGCAACACCUCCAUCCAAUGGACGGACAGAAAGAGAGAGAAACAAAACUGCAUCCCAGCCUGUGCAACUUAAUGCAACAAGUAAUGGGGAUUAUACUAUUGAUGAUCAUGAGACUAUUAUCAAGCAACUGAGGGGCGAAAACUCAUCGUUGAAGGAAAGGUUACUGAAGGUGGAAGAAUCAUUGUCACAGGAGCUGGCGAUUGAACGUGAUAAGAACAAAUCGUUAACAGAGAGGUUAGAGGAUGCACAGAGGCAACUAGAAACUUCAAACAAGGAACAAGAAGCAUUGAUUGACAUCUUCUCAGAAGAAAGAGGUCGACGAGACCUAGAAGAGGAAAAUCUGCGAGGGAAGCUAAAGGAUGCUUCUUCUACCAUACAAGAUUUGCUGGAGCAAUUAAACGCUGCCCGAAAAGGUCGCAAGUUUUGAGAAAAAAUAGCUAUUUUGCUACCAAAAAUUCACUAACCGGAAGACCUCUAGUUUUCAGUUACACUGACGUGAAGGAUUCCAGCCAUUCUAGCUUGUGUAGGGAGAGGCUGUAGGCUAUUCCCCUAUGUUUAGUGUUGAUAGGUAGUUCCAUCAUCUCACUUCCAGAUCACUUCCAGCAUUGUGUACAGGCAAGGAAUGCCAAUAAAGGCUACUGUUAGUGAUCGGUAUGUGAGUUUGUAGGUAAAAACACUCGCUAGGCCUUUUAAUACUUAAUUAGUCAUUUCGUUCGUUGUGUUCAAUGUUACACGUGGUUGUGUCAAAUCAGUCUCGAUUUUUUGUGCCUGGGCUUUU